AUGUCUCGGACGAAUGAUGUCGAGUCACUGCUGCUUCGCUUCCUGGAUGUGGAGAAUGGGCUACACAAGCCCACGGCUCGCCACCAAAUCUCUCCUCCACUGGCCAAUAUGACAUCUUUCGCCACCCCCGUUGAGGAGGCAGUGGCGCUGAAUGACCAUCGGGCCCGUCGCUCGUGCAGUGUUCCGAAGGCGCCGGCGCCGGCGACUGCUUGCUGCGAGAUGACGGCCCCGUCAUCUUCGCACCGUGAUCGGCGCUGCCCCAACACCCCCAGCUCGUCCGCUAGCAGCGACACGCAAGAGGAGGCAGCGACAACGCCUCGCCGCUCGAGCAGCAACCAACACGCCUUCACCCCCACUUCACUUAAAGACACCUUCGCGCGACUGCCUGUGCCGGGCGACUCGAUUCCAGGCGCGUCACCGUCGCCGCCGCUGUCGCUGUCACAUCCUGUCGUGCAGUUUCUUACUAGCGUGCAACUGCAAGGCUACGCCGACCGCCUCAUGUGUGAUCUCGGCAUUCAGUCCCUCCCAGAGUUGGUGAGGCGGAGCGCCACUUCGAAGGGUGUGGCAGCGCUGCUGGGGCCCUCUGCAUCGCUGCAGCAGCACAAUGAACUGCUGCGCGGUUUGCGACGGUGGGAACGUGAUGAGGCGCGUCGUGCCAAAGCAGAGACUGCGGAGGAGCGACGGCGCGCACGGAAGGAGGACCGCACCACCAAGGGGGUGUCCAAGGAGCUUGACACGAAUAAAUGUCGGUCACGCGCCGCCAAAGCGAACGUUCAAAGCGCGACGACCGUCUCUUCGGAGGAUGGCGGUGACCACGAGAGCGGAAGAGGAAGUGGCACCAGUGGCGAUCGGCAGUCGACGCCGCUCUUUGCCGCCCUUGACAGGUGCGUCGGCACCAGUGCAAGCGCGUGCGUUCGCCUUUGUGACGUGUGCGACUGCAUCCUGCAGUCGCCCUCGUCCACCACCGCUUUCUGCACCGCUGAGGCAGCCCCUCGUGUGCCCCCAAGCGACAGCGGCAACGUCGUCGCGUCGUCGUUGGGAACGCCGCCGGUUCCUGCAUUGUCGCCCAUGUGCUCCUCCUCGUGCCCCUCGCUUACGACGACCGCCACCCAGCUGAUGCGGCAGCUGUCGUACCGUUGCAGCCACGGUCGUCUAGCGGCGGCUCGGCGGCGUCGAGGUGGGUGGACCCGCUCUUAUUGCAACAGUCGCGGUGACCAGGGCGAGUCUCUGGAUGCGACGUCGAGGACAGCAACGAAAAUGGCGCCGUACGACGUGGAUGCGGAGGAGCUUGAUGCUGUGACGAUGAGCGGCGCGUCCAGUCGCAGCGGCAGCAACAACCGCGGAGUUAGUCAUGCAAGCGGAGUAUCUUGCCAUCUUGAGACGAGUGUGGCUCUAGCUGAGAUGGAUGUGGGCAGCGACGCUGAUGCUGCGCCGUCAGACGAGGAGAGUCUCCACAGGUGUGGGCAGCGGGUGAGCAUAUCCUCUGCCGCGGGCGUAGAGCCCUGUGAGGCGGAGGUGGGGUCGUCCUCAAAAUCGGAGGCGUUGCUGCCUCCAGCGGCGCUGUCCUCGGCUUGCUACUCGUGUGAGUCUCACUUGUCCUCCAUCCUGUGCUCGUUGACUGAGGCGGCGGAGGAGCAACCUGUCGUGCCGGACCUGAAUGGCUCUGACGGUGCCGAUGGAGAAGGACCAGCAGGCAUACGCAGGGCACCAGUUGUAUCGGAUACGCCAUGGGGUUCAUUCGGCGACGCGCUCACCGGAGGCGGCUGCGCCACUGCCGAGUCUCAUCACCACAUCCGCAACGGCCUUGUGACUACAAGCAAUAUAUCCCUCAGCGCCCUCUCCGCCCGCGCUGAGCUGCAGGUGCUUCCUCCACAAGAGCCAGCGAUGGCCCUCGUGCGUGCGAGCGGGCCACCAGUCGCGGCGGAGGCAGGUAGGGCAACAAGCGCCGACGCACACACGACCGAAGUGAAAUAUCCAGUGCCGGAUAGCGACGCAACUUGCAACGCAUCGCAGCAUCCUCCGCGCCUCAACCCUGUUGCUCUUACACACGAGAGCGCCACACAGCCGCGACAUAGCGGGCAGAGGGAUAGCUUGCUCGCGACAACUGGUGCCCCUGUCGCCGCAAGGAACGCCCAGCAGGCAUGUGCACUACUGGAGAGACGACUCGCAGACGCACGACGCCGCCUCAACGACGCGCUGCAAGAGGCGCUGCAGUCCUACAACGCCGAGGUGAAGGCCAUCCGUCAGGCAACAGCCGCGCCACUCACGGACACUGCGAUGACGAACACGUGGGUACCCCUACGUGCUGUUCUGGAGCCCAUACCUUUCUCACCACGAGCAUCAAGCGCGUAUGCCCGGAGCGCUGCAGCAGCGGAGCUCGGCACGCCCGCGGAGCUUGUUUUCUGGGUGCUAGGUCCGGAGAGCGGCAUCGACAGUGGCGAGACACACUGGUGCGCUUCCCCCGCUCCUACUGCGUCCGUGUCUGCUGCGGGUGGCGCGCUUGAUCCUGUGUGCACUGAUGAUAGGAAGGUUCUGGAAGCCAUGGCCAGCCCCGCCACCUCUGCGCGCACGACAACGCGCUCCACAGCCGCGCCGGUAGCCCAGAGCUGCCGUUCUGUGGUGGCACCCUCCGCCACGGUCGAGAGCGAGGGGCUCGCCAGCGCAGGGGGUCUUGACGCUCCGACGGCAGCAGAGUUGAUGGAGUCUCGUUCGACCAGGGACAAGGAAAGCGAAGAGGAUGGUGACGUCAGCUGCGAAAGCGUUGGUCGCUUGACGGCCGGCACGCAGCGUCUCUCGACGCACGUCAACAUGGAUGACGCCGGAAAGGCGGCGGGGAUUGCGGCGGCGGCUUCCAUCGACAAGGUCGCAGCGGAGGGGCGUGGUGACCGCACGGCUGCUUUUCUCUGGGUAUCUCAAGACUCCUCGUCGAGGAUGCGUCAGAGCUCAUACGCAGAUGCCGCUGCGGCGGACUCCAAUAGGAAAGAGAUUGUAUCGACGAGCGACGAAUGGUGGGCGGCAUACGGCAUCGACGCGCUGGAAUGCACCCAGAACAGUGCCUACAGCGAUGCCGGCGGAUGGGCUGCCUCGCCCAGCACCACCGCUGCACAUCCUCAUACUACCUGCAAUCGUGGCGGUGCGGUGUCGACUUCUCGAGUCUGCACCCCGUCACCCGCGCCGGUGGAGGUGAUCGAGCUCACCUCCGGCACUGAUGACGAGGAUGUCGACUCUCGCGGCGGCGACGACGAGCGCGACGCGCGCAGCCGCCCACCAGAUACAUCUUCUUAUCUCCACCCACAAGCUGUUCCCUCGCUGCCGCUGCCACCCUCGUCCCCACUCCGCGAUGACCUUGGCAGGGGUAUCACGGUCCCUUUGCGCACUGCGUCUACGGCGCCGAUGCCCUCAUGGCGGUCGUUGGUCUUGGACAGGCGCCUGCACGCGGAUGCAUGGCCGCACAUGACGAACGCCGAACUACGCCAGGCCUGCUUCGAGUUCGGUUUGACGGCUGCGCCAUCGACGAAAGGAGACACCACGUCACCGUUUCCUGCAGCCGCAGCUGGCUCUCCGCCUACCCUUGCGCGUCGUGGCCGAUCUGCUCCACUGCCGUCGUCGGCAGCAGCCUCCCUGGCAUGUGCGCGGAAGUCGGCUGUGUCUCAUGAGUUUUCACCGGUGCGGGAUCUGUUUGGACUGCCGACGCUGACGACAGCGGUCCCCCACACGUGCAGGGAGCCGCCACACACGGCAGCAAAAACCGGCGAUGGUGCGCCACAGCUGCCGGACCUGCCCUCAUCCGUUUGCGUUUUCACGCAACCCGAGAACGGCUCUGGCGGCACCAGAGUCGGUGCUGCUGCUGCGGCGGCGGCAGCAGGCGAGCAUGUGGAUAUCCCGCAACGGCACCAACGACGAGCUGGCUUGCUGGAGCGCGAAUCGUUGCUGGAGGCGCUGCGGCUCCUCGCUACACGGCUCCGCUUUCGACACACUGUUGCACCCUUCUUUCUGCACCGCGUGGCGCGGCUUAGCGGGCUGCCCUACAAGCGCAUGCGUGCCGCCGACCUCUUGGACGAAGGCGCUGUACUCACCCACGAUGACCUCAAGCAGACGCGACUCCGCUACAAGGCCGAGGAGCAGGCGGAGGUGGAGCGCUGCAUCGUAUCCGCCCUCAUGGCCGAGGCGGCCGAGGCGAUGGAGCAGGAUGCACAGCGCGCCGCGUCUCGAUGGACAACGCUCCCCGUGUUCGCAGCGGAAGGCGGAAACGGCACCAAGAUUCAAGUGACACCUGCCCGCAGCGCACUCGCAUCCCUCCCAGACGGCGGGGUGCGGUGCUGCUACGACCAGAUCCUUCUACGAGAGCCUGUGAACGUUUGUGCGGCGGUGGCUGUCGUCCAGAGAUCCUUCCCGCACAUCGCACAUACCCGUGUGCAACAGCUCCUCGCGGCGAAUGAGGUGAUUACGGAGGCGGUCGUCACAGUUUCGAGGCGUUCGCCUUCGCCGCUACCCCAGUUAGCCAUCACACCACAGCUCGAGGCAGGACAGGCGAUCGCAGUGCCUCGGCCCUCCGGUGAGUUGAUGGGCGACGCGACGCCCUCGAUGCAACAGACGGACGGUGGCGACAUUCGGCUCCACCGCGGCCGCGGCGCCGUCCACUCGCCGGCCACGACGACGCCUCUCCCGCAGGAGGAGCGGCAACGUGCGAAUGCACGGCGCUACUUCGCGCAGCGGGGUUACAUGACUCGCCGGCAGCGCGGCGGCUGGGGCCGUGGCCGCCGCUGA